GUUAAUUUUCGUAACGUACACCAAUGUGGCUAUCAGGGUGUAUAAACAACAAGCAGUGUAUAUAUAGUUAUAUUCACAGUACAUCGAUAACCUAAAACCUAUAAGGUGAAUUUUUAUUUCAAAUAUUUGAAUUUAAUAACACGUUUAUUAAAAAUAAUUUACUAACAUUAAAAAUUAAAAUUAAAAUCAGUGGUACUAAAAUAUAAUAAGUGUAGUAAAUUUUUAUUCCGGUUUAAUUCAUUACCAGCAAGUUGAAUUUGUUAUUAUAAAUCACCAUGGAAAGUGACGACGAUUAUUGUGAAGACUUUGAUGUUUGUUUGGAGUACGAGGACGAGGAUGGUGACCAGGUUGAGAUGGAAAAAAUAGAGACAAACCCGGACAAGGACAGUGACAACAAUUAUCCUUACGAAGUAUUGAGUACUGAUAAAAUAGUGAAAGACAUGCUCGAAUCAAUAAAGUCAAUAGGUGCGAUAGUAGAAAUACCGGCGACAACCACGCGAAUUUUGCUCCAACACUUCAAAUGGGAUCGGGAAAAAUUUUUGGACAAGUUUUACAGUGAAGACCGCAGUCAGCUGUUCAAGGAUGCGCAGGUGGUUGACCCAGCGAGACAAUCUUCGUUACCCGAAACGGUCGGAGAGUUAACAGCUGCCGAUAUAAAAGAAGACUGCGCCAUUUGCUUCAUGCCAUUGGCACGAAAUAUGAUGACUGGACUUGAAUGUGGGCAUCGAUUCUGCGAAGACUGCUGGAAUGAGUACUUGACCACUAAAAUAUUGGAAGAAGGUGAGUGCCAAAAAAUUAGAUGUCCGGCUCAUAAAUGCGAUAUACUUGUUGAUGAUGAAACUGUAAUGGGAUUGAUUAAAAAAUCUGAUGUUAAAGUUAAGUACGAGUAUCUGAUUACUAAUAGUUUCGUCCAGUUUAAUAGAUUGUUAAAAUGGUGCCCGAGUCCAGGGUGUACUAACGCGAUAAAAGUUCAAUACUCCGAUUUUAAAUUGGUAAAAUGUAGUUGCGGGUAUACGUUUUGUUACAAGUGUACUAGCAAGUGGCACGAACCAAUAAAUUGUGAGUUACUGAAGAAAUGGAUGAUCAUAUUUGAGGAAGAUUCAGCAACAUCUGCAUGGAUUGGACUGAACACUAAAGAUUGCCCUAACUGCACGACGCCUAUUGAGAAAAAUGGCGGAUGCAAUUUUAUACACUGCUCAAAAUGUGCGUUUAAUUUCUGUUGGAUGUGCUUAAAUAAUACUACUGACCAUUAUUGUAAGUGCAAUCGUUUCGAAAAUGAAGACGGUGAAAAUCGUGAGGGUUCUAAAAAAGAAAAUAAAUCGGCGUUACGUAAAUAUCUUCAUUAUUCUGAGCGGUUCAUGAAUCAUGCAAACUCCCUUAAGUUUGAAAGCAAUUUGUAUGAUGCUGUUAAGGAAAAAAUGUUUGAAAUGCAGAGAAUAACUAAUUUGACUUGGGCCGAGGUCUUGUUUUUAAGGAAUGCUGUUGAUACUCUCUGUCGAUGCAGAACUAUUCUCAUGUAUACUUACGCGUUUGCGUAUUAUAUUGUCAAAAACAACCAGUUUAACAUCUUUGAAGAUAAUCAGCAGGAUCUAGAACAAGCUACUGAAUCUCUGUCUCAGUUUUUGGAGCAGGACCUUAAAAAUGAAGAUCUUAGUGAAAUAAAGCAGAAAGUUAUGAACAAAUCUUAUUACUGCGAAAACAGAAGAAAAGUGCUGGUCAAUCAUGUCUAUGAAGGUUAUGAAAAAGAUUGGUGGUCUUACUUGAGUAUGCACUGAAUUUUUAAUACAAUAAUAAUUUGUAUGAUCAUUAUAUUUCAUGAUUAAUUGUGUAAUUUUUUUUUUUUUAUUUUUUAUGAAUCCUUGAAUUUCAUAAACUAAUUUUGUUAUUAGUUUUGACUAAAAUUUUUUAAUAAUUUUAGAACUCGGUAAGAUUUUUGUAACAAAGUUGCUUGUACUUGUGGUUAUUCUAUUGCUUUUUUCAAAAAUUCAUAAAAACUCAUUAUCAGAAUUGUACAGAAAAAUCAAUUUUGCACGACUCAUGAUGGGAAGCAUCCCAGUAAACACGUUUACGUCAAUGUGACGUCAAAAUGACAUUGGGCUAUGUCAGGAUUUACGUAAGAUACAAGUCACGAAUGAGUCAUAUAUGACUCAUUAUUUCACACUUCUUGACGUAAGAUUCUGACGUAAAAAUAUGACGUAGUCAUGACGU